GUAUGCACAUAAAUGUGAAAGAAAAACUAUAUGUCCACUUACUCACUUAGAGGAGCAGUUUCCUUCAGGUGCUUGUCAACUUUUCUCUGGUUUCAGGUGUCAUGCCUGCUCAGUGGGGGUCUUGCUUGCUGCUGUGUCUCAUAGCUGGCCAAGAAUCAAGAUAAAAAGCUCUUCUGCUAAGUAAACUUGGCUUUCUUGUUUCCCCACCACCCAAAAUACUCUGGGUUUCCUAUGAAAUGGUCCUUUUUGUUCCUUUUCUCCCUUCUCUUCCUAUUUAAAGUGUUCUACUGAUCUUUGUUGUUAUGGUUUCCCUUCUCCCUUCCUCUCUAGCUCUUAAAACAGCCCUUGGGAAAUCCCAAGCUAAUUAUUUUAACUUCAGGAAAUGUUUGGUUCUUAGUUGCGAUACUGUGCAUAGAUCUGCCAGCUCAGCAUCAAAUUUUAUUACUCAGAAGGUAGGGAUUCGGCCUGGGUAAAUUUACGGCCAUGUGUUCUACAAGAGUUGAUAUAAUGGGAGCAAUAUAAACACAAGCACUAGUCAAAAUAGAUCUUUGAGUAUUAAUGCUUAUGUUUCUUUCUUUUGUUUUAAUGCAGCAGCAUAAAAGUGGAACUCUAUUUGGCUGAAUGGAUUUGAAAAGUAACCCUCUGCUGUUAACCAAAAAAAGUGUCACCCACCUCAAAAUGAAGCAAGUGCCAGAGAUUCUUGGAAGUCCUGCAGGGAAAGCACAGAACUGUGAACUGAAUCGAGAGUGUUCUGUCUACCUAUCCAAAACACAUCUUUCUGCCACACUACAGGAGGAGGUCAUGCCAAAAUAUAACGGCCAUGACGCUCUCCCAUAUAUUCCAGCGGAGAAGCUGAAAGAUCUCACUUCUCGUGUGUUCAAUGGAGAAUCUGGAACACAAGAUGCCAAGCUGCGUUUUGAAUCUCAGGAUAUAAAGGAAGCUGAAACACCACCCAACACCACUCCUGCGAAGAAUGGCUCUCCGGAGAUUAAACUGAAAAUCACUAAAACUUACAUGAAUGGAAAGCCUCUCUUUGAAUCCUCCAUUUGUGGUGAUAAUGGAAUAGCUGUAUCUCCAGCAGAGGACAGCGAAGAAAAACCAGCAAAUAAGGAGAAGAGAAACAGAAAAAGAAGCAUCAAAUAUGACUCCUUACUUGAGCAGGGUUUUGUUGAAGCUGCGUUAGUAUCAAAUACCUCUAGCACCUCUAAUGAGAAGAUUCCUGGUAAAGAAGAUUCUUCUUUACUUACUGGAAAAGAUGAGAAAGUUCAUGUAUUGAAGUACAACCUAGGAGACUUGGUUUGGUCCAAAGUGUCCGGCUAUCCAUGGUGGCCCUGCAUGAUUUCGACUGACCCUCUUCUUCAUAGCUUCACAAAAUUGAACGGCCAAAAGAAGAGUUUUCGGCAGUAUCAUGUUCAGUUCUUUGGAGAUGCCCCCGAGCGCGCUUGGGUGUUUGAGAAGAGUCUUGUACCAUUCAAAGGGGAAGAACAGUUUGAGCAAUUAUGCCAAGAAAGUGCAAAGAAUUCCCUUACCAAAGCGGAGAAAAUAAAGAUGUUAAAACCUGUUUCAGGAAAACUACGCCCCCAGUGGGAAAUGGGUGUCAAGCAAGCAAAGGAUGCGUUUUCCUUGAGAGGAGAAGAACGGAAAGCCAAAUAUACCUUCAUUUAUGUUCGGGGCAGGCCUCUUCUUAACCCUCAAGUGGCAAAGGAAGCAGGUCUUGUUGUUAAAUCUUUGGAGGAAAUGGAUAAAAUUUACACGGAUGAAGACAUUUCUCAGACUUUGAAAUCAAGGAAAGAAUAUGAUAUUCCUGCCAAAAGGAGGAGGAGAACAAAAUUGCUUGCAACAGAAGAAUCUCCAGAAAGCAUCCAGCCUGUUAAGAAUACCACCCCCGAAAAAGUCCUUGAAGACAGGGAGACCAAAAGAGGCACAGUCUCUCCUGUCGGUAGGAAAAGGGCUGUUGCACACACGCCACGAAACCGAAAGGGAGACGCCGUUUCCCAGUUCUUGGUCUUUUGUCAGAAGCACAGAGAUGAGGUGAUUGCUGAACAUCCAGACGCGGCAAGCGAUGAAAUCGAAGAGCUGCUGGAAUCACAGUGGAACAUGCUUAGUGAAAAACAGAAAGCGCGCUAUAACACAAAAUUUGCCAUAGUGACCUCUCCCAAACCUGAAGAAGACACUGGUUCGUCACAGAAGAGUAUGGGAGAGGCGAAACGCAAAGUGUUUCAAGAAUCGCCUAAAAGGAGAUCGAGAUCCCGAAGUAACUUACAUGGAAUUAAAAGGAAACCAAUAAAGAGGACAAAGAAACCCACAGAAGAUUUUGAAGUUCAGGAAGCACCUAGGAAAAGGCUCAGGAUGGAUAAAAAGAAUUAUCGGAAGAUUUCAGACGGUCCGGGAGAUGAGCGGUCCGAGUCUCCCUAUGAAAGCGCAGAUGAAGCUCUGACAGAAGCAUUGCGUUCAUCUAAAAAGUCUGAGCGAGGAGCGGCUGCAAAGAAGGAAUGUGUGUGUCAGCUCUGUGAAAAGCCCGGGGACUUGCUUCUUUGUGAAGGACGGUGUUUUGGUGCUUUUCAUGCAAGCUGCACUGGAAUCGCUCGAAAUCCCUCCGGACACUUUGUGUGUAGUGAAUGUUCUUCAGGUGUUCAUUCAUGUUUUGUGUGCAAAGAGAGCAAGUCAGAAGUCAAGCGCUGUAUAGUAUCCCACUGUGGGAAAUUCUACCACGAAGCUUGCGUGAAGAAGUUCCGCAUGACGGUGUUUGAGAACAGGGGCUUCCGGUGUCCUCUCCACAGCUGUGUGAGCUGCCACGUCUCUAACCCUUCAAACCCCAAAGUGUCCAAAGGCAAGAUGGUGCGCUGCGUCCGCUGCCCCGUCGCGUAUCAUGCCGGGGACGGCUGUGUGGCCGCCGGGUGCGCGGUGCUCACGUCCAGCAGCAUCGUGUGCACCAGCCACUUCACAGCCACGAAGGGGAAGAGCCACCAUGCGCAUGUCAACGUCAGCUGGUGCUUUGUGUGCUCAAAGGGUGGAAGUCUUUUAUGUUGCGAGUCAUGUCCAGCGGCAUUUCACCCAGAUUGUUUAAACAUUGAAAUGCCAGAUGGAAGCUGGUACUGCAACGACUGUAAAGCAGGAAAGAAAAUUCAUUUUCAGGAUAUUAUUUGGGUCAAACUGGGAAAUUACAGGUGGUGGCCUGCAGAAGUCUGUCAUCCAAAGCAUGUUCCCCCAAACAUUCAGAAAAUGAAGCACGAAGUCGGAGAGUUUCCUGUGUUUUUCUUCGGCUCUAAAGACUAUUAUUGGACGCAUCAAGCCCGUGUGUUUCCCUAUAUGGAAGGAGACCGGGGAAGCAGAUACCAGGGAAUUAAAGGAAUCGGGAAAGUUUUUAAGAACGCUUUGCAAGAUGCUGAAGCACGCUUUCGAGAAAUAAAGUGUCUGCGGGAAGCCAAAGAAACGCAAGAGAACGAGCGCAAACCGCCUCCUUACAAGCACAUCAAGGUGAACAAGCCCUUUGGAAGGGUUCAGAUUUAUACCGCUGACAUUUCUGAAAUCCCCAAGUGUAACUGCAAGCCAUCUGAUGAAAACCCGUGUGGGUCCGAUUCCGAGUGUCUAAACCGGAUGCUGAUGUACGAGUGCCACCCGCAAGUGUGUCCAGCCGGGGAGCGCUGCCAGAACCAGUGCUUCACCAAGCGCCAGUACCCCGAGACCAAGAUCAUCAAGACCGACGGCAAGGGGUGGGGCCUGGUGGCCAAGAGGGACAUCAGAAAGGGUGAAUUUGUGAAUGAAUAUGUCGGCGAGUUAAUUGAUGAAGAGGAAUGUAUGGCAAGAAUCAAAUACGCGCAUGAAAAUGACAUCACACACUUUUACAUGCUUACCAUUGAUAAGGACCGCAUCAUCGAUGCCGGGCCCAAAGGAAACUACUCCCGCUUUAUGAAUCACAGCUGCCAACCAAAUUGCGAGACUCUGAAGUGGACCGUCCACGGCGACACGCGCGUCGGGCUGUUUGCGGUGUGCGACAUUCCAGCAGGGACAGAGCUGACUUUUAAUUACAAUCUGGACUGCCUGGGCAAUGAAAAAACUGCCUGUAAGUGUGGUGCUGCAAACUGUAGUGGUUUUCUUGGAGACAGACCAAAGAACUCAUCUUCUAAUGCUUCAGAGGAGAAAGGAAAAAAGACUAAAAGAAGAGCAAGGAGGCGUAAAACAAAGACUGAAGGAAGGAAAAAAUCGGAGGAUUACUGUUUCCGUUGUGGCGAUGGAGGCCAACUUGUUUUAUGUGACAGAAAAUCUUGUACAAAGGCAUACCAUCUCUCUUGCCUGGAUUUGGUAAAGCGCCCGUUUGGGAGGUGGGAGUGCCCGUGGCACCACUGCGACGUCUGCGGCAAGCCCUCGGCCUCCUUCUGCCACUUCUGCCCAAACUCGUUCUGCAAGGACCACCGAAGCGACACGGCGCUCAGCUCCAACCGGCGUGGGCAGCUCUCCUGCUCGGACCAUGUUGGGGCGAACUUCACGGGGAGGAGAGCACGGAGGCCCCCUGGGAAGCUUUCCGCACUGGCAUGCAAGAGGCGGCAAAGGAACAAAUGGAAGCGGCUGGCACAUAAAUAGCAGCGGACUGCGGCUCACGUCCCGGUGCUGCCCUGUACAUACGCUGUGAAUAGGGUCAGGGAAGGACGCCUUCGACGUACCUUGCGCAAGAACGGGGUUUAGGGAAAAUCAUUUUUAAUCCACUGAGCCAAAUGCGGCAGGGCAUCCCUGCCGCACCUGCACUGAUCAUGAGCUGGCGUGCCAAGUUCAGACGCUUCCGGACAACCCGCUCGACUCGUUGGCAGUAACAGCAACACUGGAACUGUUGCGGUUGAAACAGUUCUUUGCAGUAUUUUCUAGUUGGAGAUAUCCUGGAUUUCCAGCCCAGUAAUUAAGGUAUAUAUGCAUAGCUUUUGAAAUAGUAGUCACCACUCAGCCAUUGUUUAAAUAGUACUUAGGUUUUACAGCAGAACGUUGUGGGAAGAGCUUGCUGGCCUGGGGCCAGGUGGGCGGGCAUCCUGCCCUGCCGAGGCACGGAUCCUGGCACCUCCGGGCUGGGGGUGCUUUGGGGCUGCUCUGCUCUCUUGCGCCCUCCUGCUGCCAAGGACUGUGAGCGGGAGAGGAGGAGAACUCCCCGCGCUGCCCCAUCACGAGCCCCGGAAGAGCCCCGCCUCCUGUAAGGCCACAUUUAAAUUGAUGACUAAAUCUGUGCCCAAUUUUUAGAUUGUAUUUGCAUAAUAAAAGUCUUUCAAAAACAAAUUAAAA